GAACUUUUAAGAGACUUGAGACCUGAAGAUAGCUUAGAUUGGGUUGGAAAAGAGUCGGGAAGAGACUCUGCUUCUGCUUCUGUUCUGAUCUGAUCUGAUCUGCUUCUUUCUAUCUGUGUUGUGUGUUCUGGGUUGUGGCCUUGUGGGUCUAAGGAGUGAAGAGAGGAGAGAGCAGAAAUGCACGCGAAGACGGAUUCAGAGGUGACAAGCUUGGCGGCAUCGUCCCCAACGAGGUCACCUCCUAGAGGGAGACCGGUGUACUACGUGCAGAGCCCAUCAAGAGACUCGCACGAUGGUGAGAAGACCACCACUUCCUUCCAUUCCACGCCGGUGCUUAGCCCUAUGGGUUCCCCUCCUCACUCACACUCCUCCGUGGGCCGUCACUCUCGGGAGUCCUCCACCAGUCGUUUCUCCGGUUCCCUCAAGCCAGGCUCUCGCAAGAUCUUACCCAAUGAAGCCACCCGUGGAAGCGAUCGCAAAGGUCACAAGUCUUGGAAGGAACCCGUCAUCGAAGAAGAGGGUCUUCUUAACGAUGAUGAUACGGAGAAGGGUUUACCCCGUCGAUGCUAUCUUCUUGCUUUUGUUGUUGGAUUCAUGUUUCUUUUCUCCUUUUUCUCCUUGAUUUUAUGGGGAGCCAGUCGUCCUCAGAAACCCCAAAUCAAUAUGAAGAGCAUCACAUUCGAGCACUUCGCGCUUUCAGCGGGCUCGGAUUCUUCUGGAGUGGCAACAGAGAUGGUCUCCAUGAACUCCACUGUUAAGUUCACCUACCGAAACACUGCGACGUUUUUUGGGGUCCAUGUGACAUCAACGCCUUUCGAUCUCACCUACUCCAUGCUUACCAUCGGCACUGGAACCGUGAACAAGUUCUAUCAAUCAAGGAAGAGCCAAAGAACAGUGGCAGUAGUAGUGUCUGGGAACAAGAUCCCGAUGUAUGGAGGAGGUGCUAGUCUGAGCAGUUCAGGUGGAAACCUGACUGCGCCGGUGCAUCUGAAACUAGAUUUCAUGAUCCGUUCGAGAGCUUAUGUUCUGGGCAAAUUGGUUAAACCGAAGUUCUUUAAAAACAUCGACUGCUCAAUCGUCUAUGACCCCAAGAAGAUUAAUGUUCCCCUUUCACUCAAGAACUCCUGCACAUACGAUUAAUUUGAUGUUCUGUUCAAGUGGGUCUGAGAAAUUUGAGAAUAGAAUAGUCCCAAAUCCCAAUAAUGUCUCCAAUUGCAACAGAUGGAGAUGGGUUCACAGUUGUCUUCUCUGUAGAUCAGAAGGAGAAGAAAUUCAAUUAUUAGAGACGACGAUCGAGGAAGAAGGGGAAUCGCUUUCCAUUAAUUUCUGUUCCUUCUUUUUUUUUUUUUUUUUUAAUUACAGUGGGCGAAGUGGGAGACUGGACUGGAGACAGCUAAUACGGGCAGCUUUGGGGCAGUGGGGGCAGGUGUUGAGUACUUGAGUGACUUGUGGUUUUGGUUGCCCCGAUUUGCCCGGAAGAGUAAAGAGAGCUUCAGAUUCCGUUUGGCGUGAUUUUUUUUUUUUUUUAAUUAUUACUUAAAGUGUUAAUUACUGUAAUAAAUAAAUAAAAUAAAUAGAUGAAAAGGUUUCUAGCCCUUGGGUUGGGUUUUGUUUUCA